CUCCACACCAGCCUUCACUCAGCACACAGCGUGCUACACCGUAAGUGAGUGUCCAACCCACGCUGCCUGAAGCCGGACUCAGCUCCCCACGCUGCUCUGAAGAGACAAUAAUGGAGAAAAAGAGCGAGAUCAACGGGCACGCCAUGCCCAACUCGGCCUCCACCGACCUGAUGGUGGAGAAAAACGCGCAGAAGAGCUUCAGAGAGAAACUACUGGAGUUUCUGAGGAAGAACCUGCUGGUGAUCCUGACCGUGUCCGGGGUGCUGGUGGGCGUCGGGCUCGGCAUGAUGGUCCGCAACAUGAAUCUGACCAAGGCGCAGAUGACCUACUUCGCCUUUCCAGGAGAGAUGCUCCUUCGGAUGCUGAAGAUGAUCAUCCUGCCCCUUGUCGUCUGCAGCCUCAUAUCCGGCGCUGCCAGCCUGGACACGCGCUCCCUGGGCAAGCUGGGUGGCAUCGCUGUCGCCUACUUUCUGGUGACCACGCUGAUCGCCUCGGGCAUCGGGGUGGCACUGGCCUUCAUCGUCAAACCCGGAGUGGGCGCAGGAGCCUUGAACACCAACAGCCUGGGACUGGAGAGCGUCACCAGCAACAAGGAGACCGCGGACUCCUUCUUGGAUCUAGCCAGAAAUUUAUUCCCGGCAAAUUUGGUGGCUGCUGCUUUCCGUUCAUAUGCCACUGACUACAAGAUGGUCGCUGUUGGAAAUGACACAAAUGGGACCACCCUCUAUCAAAAGGUGCCCAUUGGUACAGAAACAGAUGGCAUGAACAUCCUGGGUCUGGUAUUAUUUGCCAUGGUGUUCGGAGUGGCUCUAAAGAAGCUUGGAGAAGAAGGAGAGGAACUUAUUAGAUUCUUCAACGCUUUCAACGAGGCAACCAUGGUGCUGGUUUCCUGGAUCAUGUGGUAUAUCCCCUUUGGCAUCAUGUUUCUGGUUGGCAGUAAGAUUGUGGAGAUGGAGGAUGUAGUCCUUCUGGUCACUAGUCUGGGAAAGUACAUAUUUGCUUCAAUCCUGGGCCACAUAAUCCAUGGAGGCAUCGUACUGCCUCUUAUCUACUUCGGCUUCACACGCAAGAACCCUUUCAGUUUCCUGUCAGGACUCAUCACGCCCUUCACCACGGCCUUCGCCACCUGCUCAAGUUCAGCGACUCUUCCCUCGAUGAUCAAAUGUGUGGAGGAGAACAACGGUGUAGACAAACGGAUUGCCCGCUUCAUCCUUCCCAUCGGUGCCACUGUUAACAUGGACGGGGCGGCCAUUUUCCAGUGCAUUGCUGCUGUCUUCAUCGCCCAGCUCAACAAUGCCGAGCUCAACGCUGGACAGAUCUUCACCAUCCUGGUGACAGCCACAGCAUCAAGUGUCGGCGCUGCAGGCAUUCCCGCUGGCGGCAUCAUCACCAUCGCCAUCAUCCUGGAGGCCAUCGGCCUGCCGACCAACGACCUGUCCCUCAUGCUGGCUGUCGACUGGAUUGUAGAUCGCACCACCACUGUGGUAAAUGUGGAGGGCGACGCUCUGGGAGCAGGAAUCCUGCACCACAUCAACCAGCAGGAGAUGAAGAAGCAGAAGGAGCAGCAGCAGCAGCAGGACGAAGAGCUGGCGGAGGUCCGGGUGGAGGCGGUGGCUAAUGUUCAGGCAGAGGAGGAGACCUCGCCGCUCGUCACGCACAACACGAAAGCCUUAGGGGCCACGCCGGAAGCUAUAGAAUCAGUCCUGUGAACUGUGAGAGACUUUUUUUUCUCUUGACACCAGACCUUUAGACCUCAACACUUCUGACUGUGCUGCUGAUUCAUUGUUUUGAUUCAGUAUACUCACAGAAAACAAGGUCAUUGAUGGUUUCACCUGUGAAGAAAAACAAAGUGCCAUUGUUAUCUGCUUAGUCUGGUGCUGCUGUUGUGCUUUUGAAAUUCGGUAACCUGGGAUAAACUUUCAAUACGUUGCAUUCAAUAGUUUUAAUGCAGAUUAGGGACAUAAGGAUUUGAGCAUUAAUUAAUUUAAAGUAUUUCCUCAACAUAAAGGUUUUUAUUUUCACUCAAGGUUUGUUUUUUUAUCAAAGAAUUUCGUGCCAAAAAGCGACUAAAGUCACUUUAAGGCAAAAUGUUCCAGAACAUUCCCAUAAACGUUGUCGUUUACUUCCGUCUCCUGUGCCGUAUCAGACACUCACAGCCAUAAUUUUAUACUUUAGGACAUCAUAAAGUGCAUAUACUUUAUUUUCCCUUCAGACAGCAAAAUUAAUGACCAACACUAACAAGCGGACACUAACAAAUUUGUGAAAUCUUUAACUAUAACUAAUACUGCUCGAUAGCGCGUGCAAUAGACCACACGUUUCUGAUGCGUCUUAAACCACCACUUUGCGUUUUGUUUUGCUGUAUGAUCUUUGCUUUGUGGAAAGAGAAUUUUCUGCAUCUCUAAGUCAAAUCAGGUUUGAAAGGGAACGGUUUGAUCCCAGGUCAGCAGACAAUGUCAAACAUUAACCCUUCAGAUGACAGGGUAAGAAUUUGGCCUGCUUACUGAAACAACUGUCUGUCUAACCAGCAUAAACCAGUAUGAGUAAGCAUGGUGAACAUUGGACCAUUUCAGUUAUGUUUAUAUUCAUGUAUUGCUGCUGAGGUCUCAUGGACAAUCCCAUUGAUUUGUCACACAAACACAGUCUUAUUAGCACCCAAGUGAGCAGGCUGUGUGUGUUACUUAGAAAACACUGCUUCUUUAAAUCCAUGAAAACAAACCUUUAAAAUCUUAGUCUUUGUAAUAACAACCAGCCAUCUAAGCUAGUUGACUUUGAAGAAGAGUAGUAAAGAGGCCAGUUUGUUUUGGACUUUGUUAGCGUAUUAGCCAGCUAACGUUAUGCAAACAUGCAGCCAUGAGUAGAUGUGUGCUAUCUAAUGCUGUAAAUCCUUGUGCUCACUGAGGUAACAUGUAUUUGUUGUUGAAGAAAUGAAUGAAAAUAGGGAAAUGUACAUUAAAAACUAAAGAUAGUAUGAAUCCCUUUAUGGCUGGCCAAGAUUUUAACAUGGCCCCAGAAGGUGUAUUAUUUUCAGACAUCUUUAAUGAGCCACAUUUCCACUGAAGGAACCAGGUAACCACUUAAAUGCCAGUGUAGUAGGCUAGUAUUUUCCCACAGUAGGCUAUGUGGAUAUAAAUUUGGCUUGCAGGGCUGACAGAGUGAUGCAACAAAAUUGAUAGCUAAGCUGUAAGCCAGCAACAGAAUAACUAUUCACAUAAAUUAUUAUUUUAUCACUCCAAACAAAGGCGAACUGACAGCACGGAUAGCCUUAAGUGGGAACAGCGCAGUUUAGCACUAUUUUGAUCCUACAAUAUCGGGAUAAGUUUGAACAUUGUCUGUGUCAGGAUGAUAUUCAUCUACAGGGAUGUGGAUGCUAACCCUCAAAGAGGAUCAAAGGCCAUCAGUGCUAGCACUGCUAACUUUAGCCACAUUCUAUGAACCAGCUUCACUGUGUAGCAAUUACCACUACAACCUGUCUUAACUAAAUUGUGCACAACUCUGUUUUCUGGCUGUUUUCUUGACUUUGAACAAGUCAACUAAACACAAUUAAAAUUUGUUUAAUCAGAUUAUGGAAAUAUUUGCCUUGGGACAUCACUAGUGCUACACCAAUGGUGUAGUGAUGCCUGGAGAAGUGGGUACAGUCUUACUUAAUUCCCCUACUCCUUUUAUGCAGCCCAGCUAGGGAAGGAUAACCAGCCUAUGUUGUAAACAAAGACGUGAAAGUUAAAAGACAAAAAAGAGCAGAUUUUGCCAUCACUAGUGGCUCACAGAUAACUACACUGUUAUUCAUUUUGAGUCAACUAUCCAUAUUCGUCAGCAGUGUUGGUGACAAUGUGUUACGAAGCAAUGCACCAGUGUGUUCAGAUUACUUUUUGUUGUCAUUGCCAAUCAGGGAGAGGAGAUUUAGAGGUGGGGAAACUCUAUGGACACUGGAAUAGUAAGUGGGAAUACUGUGUAUACCUGCAUAUUAUCUGCACUACACCAUAGUGCCAAGCAAUGUAGGUCCCACUGAUCAUUGGUUCCUAACCUGGGGUCCAGGCAACCUUAGCGCUGUUCCAGUGCUUGCACCUGCUGCAUGUAUCCACUCCAGCACACACUGUUAUGGCUUUCAUACCAGGCACCAGUGUGCUGCAUGUUGGCCAAAUGAGUGAAUUUAUGGAACUGUGUCGGGAAGAAUUCAAAAUCAAGGCAAAUGAAGGGAGUUUCUCCAAAGAAAUGCCAAACCGAGCUAUACUUUAGAGAGCACAAACGGGAAGUGCAUUCACACUGUGCUUAUCUUUCCUGUAACAGGCUGGUUUGGAAACGGAAAGAUUCCCUCAUAGUAGAACAUUUGGACAACAACUUCAUUAAAACAGGCGCAUUUAAGCUUGUGGCCCUCACCAGGGCAUGCAGCAUGCAGAAAAAAUGGGUGAGACCUCAUUUCACCUCACGUGAGAUGUGCUUAUCAGGCAUGUGAGACAUAGCACUGAGGCUGGCGGUCUGAAAGCCUUGACUUCCUAAUAUGCAAACUAACUGAAAAUGACGUGCGUACAACACUGCCAGUCUGAAAUGACGUUGCUGAGGGUGGCAAAGAUCUCAGGUAGGAGAGGCUCUGUCUGCUCUGAAGUUGUCACAGUUAGAUUCGGUCAUAUUAAAACAUUUAUAAUGACAUACUUAAGGGAUAGUUAUAAUAUGAUAUUUUUCUAAGAAAAGUGUGUUUAGGCCCAUUAGGAUGCAAUGAAAACAAGUAAAGCUGAUGUUAAUUUUGACAGCAGUUUAUUAUGUUUUCCCAUGUGGGUCCAUAUGGUAGGGCUCAGCUUAUCUUUCGUAUGAGUAGGCACUCAUUUAUGCUCAGUGUUUGAAAUGCAUACAGAUAUGGACUCUGUGUUCACUUGUCCGUAUUGUUUCAGCUCUCUUGAAGUUUACAGAUAUGGACUGAAUAUUGCAAUACCACUGCUAAACGCUGGGGCAGUGUUGAGCAAUGUAGCCAACAGUUCAAGCCAGAGCAGCAAAACACAAUGAAGAAGAAUUUGAAACUACUCAAAGUUUGUGAGGAAAUAUUGCUGAAUAUUGUCUGAGUUGUGAGAAACAACAAACACAGAUAUGCUAGAAAACUACAACAGAACAGCUGGAUGGAGGAUUGACAAAGCAGCAAUGAAGGAGUUGUUGAGGUCUGUGCAAGAAAGCAAACUCUUGUGGAUAAUUUUUUCAACAUUCAUGCUGGUGCAACAGAAACAUUUGUGUUGUUUUAAACGCAUGGAUCUAUUUUUGUGCAUAAAAGGAGCAUAAAUGAGCCUUAAACAGAGCUCCAAGGAAACUACUGCUAUAGGUUGUAAACUCAACUUCAUUUCUUUUUAAAUCAGCAGAUUUGUGUGCUCAUUAACUCCACAUAUCAAUGAACUAAGAGAAGGAAGUAGAUGACAGAUAAACUACUGACAAAGUGCAGGAUAUGCAAGGGACAAAAUCAAAUAGGGACUGGAAGCAGCACUUGUUAUGAAUUGGAGAUACUUUAAACUGUUUCAUUGUUGUUGCAGACAUGCAGAAAUGGGGUGUAAAACAGUGUAACAUGUCUGAUCUUUGUAGGUCUUAUGCUGUGACAGACGACAGUGAUGUGCAGAAGAAAGCUUAGAGUUCUUUUAAAAAUGCCAGCAAAGCUAGGGGUGAAAAUGGAAGGGUUAGAAGAUGUAAUAACAGCUAAGUAAGUUAAGAAAGUGCUGUAUAAAUGCAAUGAACACACUCCAAUCUCCCAAUAUUUAAGAACAGACAUGGUUGUCAAUAAGGUCAACAGCUUCUGUAGAGUAGGAUUAAAUGAUCCCAGGAAAUCCACCCAAAAAUCAAAGCCUCAGCAAAUGUUUACAACAAUCACUGGACCAAAAUGCAUAAUGAGUUCACAUCCUAAUGUGCGUGAUUAUUGUGUCAAUCCAUCGUUUGAUUUUAGGGCCUAUGAAGGCUUUUAUCAUGAAGUAACCCUCUACAGACUGAUAGCGUGAGCUUGUGCUGCCCUCUAGUGGUGACAGAAGUUCAUAUGAAAGUAUUAAGCUGAAGUGAUGGAAUCUCAGCUUGUUUGAGCCAUUUUUGGUGAAUGUCUCCUGAGUUUCGUCUGACUUUGGUUAAAGGAAACUGUUAAUAUUUAUUUAGUUAUUUUAUCUAUGAUUAAUUUUCAUUGGGAAUAGCUGGUGAUGAUUGUUGUGUGACAUUUGAGAGUAACUACAUCUCAGAGAUUGAGGAACUUCAUGUAUGUGAACAUAAAUUUAAUGCAUGAUUGCUGUCAUGUGAUGUCCGAGAUGCUCAUGAUGAUGUAAAAGUGCUGCUUUAGUUUAAGAUCACUGUGUUUAUUUGCUUUGAAAAGGAAGCAUGUUGGAAAUGUUCUCAGUCAUCCUUUCACAUUUCACAGACGACUUUUCUAACUGCUCUGUUAAUCACAAACUAAGUUUUUGGACUUUAUCCAUCAAGUUUAAAUGGUACAAUCACAUGUAAUGACUUUAAUUUGUUACAUGUAUGAUAUAAAUAUAUAUUUGAUAGUAAUUUAUUUGUAAUUGUUUUAACUUUUAUAUAAUUUGUACUUUCCCUUUUUAAAACUUUCUCUCAGUAUCACAUUUUUUAUUGUUAUUAAGACAUUUUUUAUUCUUCUGUAAGUGUUUCUAAUAAAUUGUUAGAAAUGUAUUUUUAUUUAAGAAUAGCUGCUUCCCUGUGUGUGCCAUGUCAAUGAUUAACACUGUGCAGCUGUCUCUAUGCUGUUGGUCCUGCUGUCUGUCUACAUUAAAGGUGAUAAAGUACAUUUUUCAUGCAACUCA